GAGCGGAGCGCUGGUUUACAAACAUAUUUCCCAGCCCGAGCUUUGUGGGUUUCUUUGCACGUUGGGCCUCGUUUGGUGCUGUGGGAAUGGAGAAUAUUCAGAAUUUGAAGACCAGCCGGGUGAACCGACUGCAUUCGUAUCUAAAAUUAAAGGAAUAAGUGAGCAGCUAUUUGUGGCAGACAGGACAUGAUCCAUGAGCAGCACUCUUCAUCAUUCUGGAAUAAAAAUCUGUUCCCAGGUCUGGCUCGGGGCCGGGCGGCGGCGGCGGUGGCGGCGGCGGCGGCGGCGGCGGGAGAUGCCUGGGUGGCCAGCAGAGGUCCAUGUGGCGCGCUAGGUGGGAUCCCGGUGUCCUGAAGGCAGAGGCCCUGGCCCUCCUGCCCUGCGGCCUGGGCAUGGCGUUCUCCCAGUCGCACGUGAUAGCCGCUCGGAGACACCAGCACAGCCGGCUCAUCAUUGAAGUGGACGAAUACAGCUCCAACCCCACCCAGGCCUUCACCUUCUACAACAUCAACCAGGGCCGCUUCCAGCCACCGCAUGUGCAGAUGGUGGACCCCGUGCCUCAUGAUGCCCCAAAGCCGCCUGGCUACACCCGCUUCGUCUGUGUGUCUGACACCCACUCGAGGACAGACCCCAUCCAGAUGCCCUACGGCGACGUGCUGAUCCACGCCGGGGACUUCACAGAGCUGGGGCUCCCAAGCGAGGUCAAGAAGUUCAACGAGUGGCUUGGUAGCCUGCCCUACGAGUACAAGAUCGUCAUUGCCGGCAACCAUGAGCUGACCUUUGACCAGGAGUUCAUGGCUGACCUCAUCAAGCAAGACUUUUACUACUUCCCGUCUGUGUCGAAGCUGAAGCCAGAGAACUAUGAGAACGUGCAGUCCCUGCUGACCAACUGUAUCUACCUGCAGGACUCGGAGGUCACUGUGCGGGGCUUCCGGAUCUACGGCUCGCCAUGGCAGCCCUGGUUUUAUGGCUGGGGCUUUAACCUGCCUCGAGGCCAAGCACUGCUAGAGAAAUGGAACCUCAUUCCUGAAGGCGUAGACAUCCUGAUAACCCAUGGACCACCACUGGGCUUCCUGGACUGGGUCCCCAAGAAGAUGCAGCGGGUGGGCUGCGUGGAGCUGCUCAACACGGUGCAGAGGCGCGUCCAGCCGCGGCUGCAUGUCUUUGGCCACAUCCACGAAGGGUACGGUGUCAUGGCAGAUGGGACGACCACCUAUGUGAACGCGUCUGUGUGCACCGUGAACUACCAGCCUGUGAAUCCACCCAUAGUCAUUGACCUCCCCACACCCCGGAACUCCUGACUGCCCUUGCUGUCUCAGCCCUUCCUGCCCACAUCAGCUCCAUAUGCCUGGCCAAGAGCACGGACCCCCAGCCGCCCUUCCUUCCAUGCAGACAACCCGUCUGGCCGUGGGGAGCAGCCCAGCAGAUGGGUUGAGGCUUUGGAAUGAAGAAGAUCUCCCCUGACUCUUCAGCCUCCGUCACCUGGAGUCAGGACCCUGUGGGUCCCUGUUAGGGGUUCUGUGCUCAUUACUGUUUUCUGCGUGUACAUUUCCGCGUGUACCUUGUCAAGGGACCUAACAAGCUUGCGGUCCUGUCCUGCUUGGGAAUUGACGGACUCUUCAUCCUUCUCAGUUGGACACCCUCGUGGGUUUGGGAAGCCGCGGCUCCUGGACACACUUUGGAAGUUCUCGCACAAAAAUCUCCCUCUAACUGAGGGUCUGUGUGGCUGCAAGCCCCAGGGUUGGGGGUGGGUGGGAUGUUUUAGAGCCCAUGUGCAAGUAGCCCGCCAUCUCCCUCCGGGGUUGGGGAGACGGGGCUGCUUCACAGCUGAGGCCCUCGAGGGAGCGAUCAGGGACGUCUCAGGAAUUCGGACUGCACCUGGCCAGGCCAACAAGCUGUCUGCCUCAUCUUGUGACCCUGCUUUCUUCCUGUGGGCCUCUUGGCCGUCUUGAACAAUGGCCUGAGCAUCCCAGGUGCUUGCUCGGGGCCUGGAUCUGGGGGAGUGGUUCUACAGAACGAGCCAUGUGAGUGCCCAGGACCAGAUGGAAGGUUCCUGAGUCACGGAUGGGCCCUGUUCCUGCGGGGGCUUCGCAGCUCUGCAGAACUCGGGAGGCUGGAGGGGCUGCAGACCGAGGCCACCUUGCCACGUGGAUGCGCCCGUGUGGGCGUGCACGCCCCUGCACACACACAACGUCCUUCUUAACUUAAUGAAGUGGACCCAUGUUUCUCCCUGCUGUCCUCCAGUGGGGUUCCAUCCCUCAGUGCGGUUUCCCGCGCACCAUUUGGGUUCUGUCUGGUGGGCCCACAGCCGAAGGGGCUGAGUGGUUCCUGGUCCUUGCCAGUCUGUCCCGUUAACGGGAGGGUGGCCCCCUGGCAGAGUGGGCCCUGGGCUCUGGCAGCUCCACGCAGGGUGGCUUCUUUUUUUUCUUUAAAUUAGGACUUGGGCUGGGUGGGGGGGUGGUUGGGGCUGAAUCCGUGAGGGAGAGAGAACCAGCAGGGUCUCAUCAGAGUGAGGCCAGAGAGGCAGGAUCGCCGUGCAGCGUCAGAUUCUAUCUUUAUUGAAAAUUUUGAUAUUUUGUUCAUCAUGGAUAUUUUUCUGAAUCAAUUUUGAUUUUUAAAGACAUGGUAUUAAAUAGCACCCUUUCUCUCUCUUGCUGAGCUUUUCGGUAGCCCCUUAAAUCGGGCGCCUGAGGGGAGGGCCUUACUCCCUCACCCUCGGCCCCGCCCUGGGAGCCAGCACUUAGCACGCCCCUUUGCAGGUACAAUCUCCAUUCAUCACAGGUGGUCAUGCAAGGUCAGCUCUGUUGGCCCAUUUUAGAGGUGAGGAGAUUGAGAUAAGAGAGGUGACGUGACUUGCCCGAGGGUGCGCUGUUCAAAGCGGGCAAAAGCAGCACUUGAGCCUUGGUCUCUGGCUCGCUCCAUGACCUCUGCUUUGCCGUGGCUCAAAGCUCCGCCCCGCCAAGGCAAUGCAUGGUCCCAAGGCCCUUUUCUUUUCCUUUUUUUUUAAGGGUCCUGUUCAGAGCCCCUCUGGUUUGUCUCUCAGAGAGAGCCCCUGGAGUGCUGAGGGAUGUUGUUCUCUGAGCCCAGCACCCUGGCAUCCCGGGAGACCAUGAUUCCUUCCCUAUUCGCACAGGGCUCCCCAAGGGGCGAGGGGCACCCUGGGCGAGGGGAGCCUGGCAGCAGCAACGCGGACCGGAGGCAGCUGCGCUCUGUGGGGUGUGGGACUUCGGGAAUCUGUUUGGCCCAGUGGUUCCUGGUGGCUGCGGAUGUUUACAAGGUCUCUGGGGAAGCCCGGAUGCGUGGCGCGUGGGCACGCGUGGGAUGAGGACACAGGCCCUUUUAGUCACUGCUACCGAAUUUCUAUGCGGACCAAGAACUAUAAACCUAAAAUCUUUUUUUCCUAAGGUACCUUCAGAAUAUGGUGUAUUUUUAUGUGGAAAAGAAAAGUUAUGAAGGCAGCUGUUACUUUGAAAGAAAAUUCAUUAAAAGUCCUUGAGGUACGAAAGAUGAUGGCGUGCUCCUCAAUCAUUUUGGCAUAACUUGAUUGUGGCUGUAAUUUUUUUUUUUUUUUUUUUGUCAAGCAUGUCAGACAAUAAAGUCUUUGUAAA